AUGGCUCGCGAACGCCGUCCGUCAGCAGAGCAAUCUGCCCAACCUACCCAGUCUUCACAGUCUCGCCCUGCUCCGAGCGGCUCGACAUAUCAGGCACAGCAGUCUCAAGCCCCAGUUCACCCACCUACUACAGCUGCCUCCAAGCUCGCCACACAACCAGAAUUCGGCAAAGCCAGUCCUUUGCGUAACCCGCUGAGAGAUCCCUAUGCCAAUGUCUUCAACACCUCUCACAGUAGACCCGAGCUGCAUCGUCCUAUCCCUCAACCGCAAUUCCGUCAGACCUCAGCCUCGACCAGCGGAACCCAAGCUAAGAACUUCUAUCUGCCUGGCCAGAGACCUCAACCUCCGCCUCAACCUCGUUCCGCACACCAUGGCAAUCCUCUUUAUGGUAAUGCCGCAAACUCGGGUGUGAUCCGUCUGCCCUCAAAUCCUAAGCCGAGAGACAUCCCACCCGCCCCAAGACCUCUCUUUUCCUCUUCCAUCGGACCUGGCAACAAUUACAGACCUCCAGUUUCUGCUCCUGCGCCUAGACCGAAACCGAUUGACCUCACCAACGCUGAUGAUGAUGACGAUGGCUUCGAUCCCGAUGCUGCUUUGAGAGAAGAUGGUUUCGGCGCCGCCGAUCCCUAUGCUUACGUCGACCCUAGCCAGACAAGCCACAACAUCAAGGCCCUUCUUGAAGGCGCUUUUGACGAUGACGGCGACAAGCCUAAGAUGCGCCUGCGCAAGAGAGCCGCAAAGAAGCAGCAGCAGAAAAUCAAGGACGAGAAGAAAAUUUCUUCGCUCGAGGAAAAGCUUAGAAAGCUUGACAUGGAUGCUGUGAAGGAUGAGCCAAAAGAGGAGGAACCUGACAACAAAGAGGAUGAAGACGAGGAUGAAGAAGAUGGCACAGUCGAAGGUCUGACUGUCAAGCUUCUCCCUCAUCAGGUCGAGGGUGUCUCUUGGAUGAUCGACAAGGAAAUCGGAGAGCGCAAGAAGAACGGAGUCCUACCUAAGGGUGGUAUCCUAGCUGAUGACAUGGGUCUGGGCAAAACUGUUCAGUCCGUCAGCUUGAUUCUUCUCAACCCUCGUCCGGAGCUUGAUGCGAAGCCCCCACCUGAAAACCCGAAACGCAAGAUGCCCGGAAAGGAAGUCGGCAAAGGCACGCUUGUCGUGGCUCCCCUGGCUCUGAUCCGCCAGUGGGAGAGCGAGAUCAAGACCAAGGUCGAGAAAAGCCAUGCACUGCGUGUCUUGGUUCAUCACGGUCCAUCGAGAACGAAGUUCGCUGCAGAACUCAAGAAGUAUGACGUUGUUGUCACGACGUAUCAGAUUCUCGCAUCUGAGUUUGCUGGAUCUUCUGAUCAUCCGGACGGUGCAAAGGUCGGCUGCUAUGGCGUCCAUUGGUACCGUGUCAUCCUCGAUGAGGCACACUCAAUCAAGAACCGCAAUGCAAAGUCGACACAGGCUACCUAUGGUCUACGAAGUUGGUACAGAUGGUGCUUGACUGGCACACCAAUGCAAAAUAAUCUUGAUGAGCUACAGAGUUUGAUCUGCUUCUUGCAGAUCAAGCCGUACAACAAUCUCGCUACCUGGAAAGAGCAGAUCACGAUCCCAAUGAAGAAUGGCAAGGGAAACUAUGCCAUCAAACGCAUUCAAUACUUCCUCAAGGGCUUCAUGAAACGUCGAACCAAGGACAUCCUCAAGGAAGACGGUGCACUCAGCUUUGGCGGCAAGUCAAAGAAUGGCGAAAAGAAGAGUACUGGAAUGAAGAUUGUUGAACGCAAGGUCGAGACUAUCAUCUGCGAACUUGAUCCCAAGGAACGUGACUUCUAUGACCAGCUCCAGGAGAGAGCACAAAAGCGUCUUGACGACAUGAUGGGCGGUGAGAAGACCGACUAUAUCGGAGCUCUUGUCUUGCUUCUGCGACUUCGUCAAGCCUGUAACCACCCAAAGCUUGUUUCUGGAUCAAUGGGCAAAGACAAGGACGCUUUAUCUACAGGACAGCCCAACCCAAGCCAGACACCUCGCAAACCAUCUGCCGCCAGUAGCCAGGACAAUGAUAUCGACGCUCUCGCUGAUAUGUUCGGUGGCAUGGGCGUUCAAGUCAAGGACUGUGACAUUUGCAGCGUCAGACUUCUUCCAGCAGAGGUGAAAGCCGGUGCCGUUCGCUGCAAUGAAUGUGAGGAUAUUUCCAAAGCUACACCAAAGAAGCUCGGCCGCAAGGUGNAAGAAGAGAAGAAGCUCAAGCCAAAGCCUGAGCGCAAGCCUGCUCCUUCUGCACCUAUCAGAAGAAACCGUAAGAUCAUCGUUGAUAGUGAUGACGAAGAUGACGAGGGUGAGGGUGAGUGGCUUGUUGAUGAGUCUCAACAGAACACACCUCAUCUAGGCAGAGCUGGCGGAACUGAUGAUGAAGAUGCAGAAGGAGGUGGCGAGACGUUAGGUUCGAUCGACUUUGUAUCUGGAGAUGAAGACGGAGAUACUGGAUCUGAGGAGGAGUCUGAAGAGGAAGAAGGAGACAUCUCAUACUCCGGCCCAACAGGCGUUGAGGCUGCUUCGACAAAGAUUCGUCGCUUGCUGCGAAUUUUGCACGCCGAGGCUACUGAGCACAAGACAAUUGUCUUCUCACAGUUCACCAGUAUGCUGGAUCUGAUCGAACCGCAUUUGCAAAAAUCUGCAAUUCGCUAUGUUCGUUAUGAUGGUGGUAUGCGCAAUGAUGCUCGCGAAGCUUCUCUCAACUCGCUCCGCAACGAUCCCAAGACUCGCGUACUGCUUUGUUCGCUCAAGUGUGGCUCUCUAGGAUUGAAUUUGACAGCUGCUUCGCGAGUGGUCCUGAUCGAGCCUUUCUGGAACCCAUUCGUCGAGGAACAAGCAAUCGAUCGUGUUCACCGCCUCAAUCAGACUGUCGACGUACACGUCUACAAGCUUACUGUUGGCAACACGGUUGAGGAGCGCAUCAUCGAGCUGCAAGAGAAGAAACGCGAGCUGGCAAAGGCUGCCAUUGAAGGUGGUAAGGCUGUGGCCAAGCUCACCAUGAAGGACAUCAUGAGUCUGUUCGGCCACAAUCCUGGUGCAGUCGGCGGUCGCGAGAGUAUCGGUAGCACCGAUGAGAACAAGCCCUGGAACAGAAACACCAAGGUGCUGGCCCCCGAACCUAAGAGAAACAGUGCUUCCUCCGCUGCUCGCCGUUCAGGCUCUGGCGCUUUGAGAUCAUCGCCCAGAGAAUCGCCUCCAGCACGUACUGACCGUCGUGGAGGAUAUGAGAAGGACGCCAGAAGAAUCAGGAACGAGGAUCCUGUUUAUGGUCGUCGCUGA